GAUGUCAUCAUUGAUGAGAGAGGGGUUGGUUUCAUCACGGAAGCUCCUCCCAUUGAAGACCAUUAUAAAUCUUUCUUUAAACUUCCAACAUUCAUCACAAGCAUCUCAAUACUUCAAUCCACAUCUGGGACCAUAACUAGCCUACUGAAUCCUAUCAGGAAGCUGCGGUUAAAGUAAAAGAGCUCAUGGCAUCAGCAGGUGGAUUUCCAGCAAGCUUUUAUAGUGAGCCAGGUGUGCUUGGGCUCUUAGCCAAUGGCAUCAGUGCUUUCCUCGUCCUACUGCAGAACUUUCACGGAGCCCGGACUGGCAUUCCUGCCGAGGGAGUGGAAAACAUAUUAGCAGGUGUUCAUCUCAUUCUGAUUGGUGGAGUGUGUCAGCUUGUGGCAGGCUUGCUGUCUUUCCGCAAAUAUGACCAUCUUAGCGGCACAUCAUUUGUGGGAUAUGCAGCGCUUUGGGCGAGUUAUGGGGGCACAAGAAUUUUUCUGGGAGCCAACCAACCAGGUCCAAACUCUUUCAAUGAGUCAGCAAUAACAAAUAGCUCAUUCCAAGAUCUGUCCAUUAACUCUAUUGUCAACAAUACCUCUGAUGCAAUGUACAUCAAAGAGUCUGCCAUAGCUGGGCUGGUACCUUACAUAUUUCUAUCAUUUCUGUUGGCCUUCUGUUCAGCAACGGUAAACUACAUCAUGCCCUUUGUGUUCGGGGCUAUUACUCUCACACUGAUAUUUGAGGCCGUGGGUCUGGUGGCAGGAUGGGCUCUUGUGGUCUCAGGAGUUCUGGAGCUCCUCAUCCUACUAUUUGCCAUAUAUGGCUCAUCAGCACUGCUAAUAAAGGGAAUAUCCCAGCGCUAUGUGCUGAAAGGUUUUGGGAAUCCUCUUUUCAAUGUAUUGCUCCUCGGAACCACCAAUGCUGGCAGCUCCCAAAGCUUGGGCCAAGAAAAUAAGAAAAACACCAAAUAUGCUGAACCCAUGGCCUUGGGGUUCUUCUGUGACACUGUCUCACCGUUUAUCUUUGCUUUCUAUGCCUUUGGCUACUUUCCGUCAAUUGCGGUAGCUGCUAUUUGGAUAUCCAUAAACUCCGCUGCCCAACUUCUGUCUAGCUAUUACGCCUAUCUGCGUCAAGACUGCUACCAUGCUACCAAGUUUGGCUUGCACUGUACGUUUUGGUUGGUGAAGACCUGGGAAGAGUAUGUGGUAUCUGCAGCAAUUGGUAAGACUGAAGCUGGAGAAGUUAGGCAUGCCAUGGUCGGCAACUGGUUCUUCCUGUCCGCUGGCUUGGUUUUCUGCAUCGUGAGUCUAAACAAAGACUCGCUCGAGCUGGUUCACAAUUUAUUUUUCAUCCUGGUGACCAUAUCAACCAUCUCUCAGAUUCCCAUUGAGAGGUACUACAUUUUUUUCGGAGUGACUUGCUCCAUCUUCACCGUCCUUUCCCUGUAUGGCACCUUUGCACGGCUCAUCAACACCAUCGCCGAAAAGACUUUGAUUCCAGUCGGACCCCAGCCUGUCUCACUGAAUCUCUGA